AUGUUACGUGUGAAUUUAUUCAUAUUUCUACUAUAUUUAAUUCCAUACUCUCAAUCAAUUGUUUCACAAAUUUUAACGCCCGUAUCGAUUUUUGAAGAAAGUCCAAUCUCAACAGUUGUUGUUGACCUUCGGCCAACAUUUCAAAGUCUUGGUGUACAUCCUGACCAAGCUGCUCUUCUACAUAGUCAACCAAGUCAACCAUUUGAAUACAUCAAUGGACGUAUUCGAUUGAAAUCUCGUUUAGAUCGUGAAGAUUACGUUCGAAAACGUUUAUGUAUUGGUGGUAAUGUUCUUGAAUGUAAUUUUACUUUGACAUUAACAGUGAAUCUCAAUCAAGCACCUUACAAUUAUAUUCUAUCGCAACCGAUAUCUUGUCAAGAUAUCAAUGAUAUAAUACCGAAAUUUUCACAAGCUGAAUCAAAAAUUUCCAUGGCUGAAAAUGUUCCAAUUGGACAUCGAAUACCACUUGAAAUAGCUGUUGACUUAGAUUCGCCACCGUAUGGCAUUGCUUAUUAUCGUUUAGUUACAUAUAAUAAUCAUGAACAAAGUCAAUUUUCUAUUAUUUAUGAUAAUCAAAGUCGAGAACUCGAAUUAAUCGUUAAUGAAAAAUUAGACCGAGAAAAGGUUGAUAAAUAUAUUUUCAAAUUAAUGGCUAUUGAUCGAGGUCAUCCACCGAAUAUGGGAACACAAAUAUUGACAAUCCAAAUUAGUGAUAUCAAUGAUUCUCGCCCACGAUUUGAAUCAUCAGUUUAUAAUAUAAGCGUUGCUGAAAAUACCCUACCAGAAUAUCUUAUUAAAAUUCGUGCAAUCGAUUCGGAUACAGGUCCCAAUGCUGAAUUAACAUAUACACUCGAAACUGAUCAUAAUGGUCUUUUUCGUUUGGAGAAAACGACGGGUAUUUUAACAUUAACACAUGCGCUUGAUUACGAAUUACAUACAUCAUAUCAACUCAAAGUUGAAGUUCAUGAUAAUGGAAUGAAUCCAUUGAGUGACACAUGCAUUAUUAAUAUCUACGUACUUGACCAAAAUGAUCAUGCACCUUCAAUUCAAAUGAAAUUUAAUCCUAUGUUUGAAUAUAAUCAAGAUGGAAGUAUGGCUUAUAUACCAGAAUCGUUCGAUAUUAAUCUGCCAAUAGCUUUUGUGACUGUUUACGAUCAAGACUCAGGAGAUAAUGGAAAGUCUCAAUUAACAAUACAACCCAAUCGUGUAUUUUAUCUUGAAAUAAUGCGUCUAAAUUAUUAUGCAAUAAAAUCUUUGCGUCGAUUUGAUCGUGAAACAGUACCAUCCUAUCGAAUAGAGUUAAUUGCACGUGAUUUCGGCCAAACCAGUUUAAGACGUUCGAUGAUAUUAGAUUUAAAUAUAACUGAUGUCAACGAUGAAAAGCCUGUAUUUAAAAGUAAUUAUACAUUUGAUCUUAUAGAAAAUAAUCCAACACCAAGUACUAUUGGUCAAAUAACUGCAUUUGAUGCUGAUCAAGGUUUAAAUGGACAAAUAAAAUAUUCCAUCGUACCUUCGUCAUCACAUUUUUUUAUCUCGUCCCAUGAUGGUACUAUAUCGACGAAUAUUUCGUUUGAUUAUGAAUUAAAACGUGAAUAUAAUUUUAAAGUUCGCGCAACUGACCAUGGAAAACCUCCACUCGAAUCAACCGUUCAUGUAAAAGUACAUAUAAUUAAUCAAAAUGAAUAUUCACCUGAAUUCGAAAAGAAUAUGUAUUAUUUUUCAAUGAAUGAAAAUUCAACAAAUCAAACCGUAACAUUUGUCGGUAGAGUUAAAGCAAAAGAUCGAGAUUUCGGAGAUUAUGUCACUUAUGCAUUAAAUGACAACGAACAUUUGUUUACUAUUGAUCAAGAUGGAAGUAUUUGGACUGAUGCCAUAUUUGAUAGAGAAAUAAAAGAUGAAUAUAAAUUAACAGUAAUUGCAGUCGAUAAUUCAACAGAUGGAUUAAUUGGAUCAACUAUAGUUAUUAUUCAAAUCAAAGAUAUCAAUGAUAAUUAUCCAGUAUUUAUUUGGCCUGAUUCGAGUGAAAUUCGCCAUAUUCUAUCUGAUGAUCACUCUCAACGUAUUGAUUCAAAUAAUCCUUUAUCUCAAUUUUUAACUGAUAUUGUUGUUCAAGAUGAUGACAUAGGAAAUAAUUCUUUAAUUCAAUUAAUAGUUUCAAAGAAUGAUUUAUUUUACAUUGGCUCAAAUAAUUCCUUAUGGUUACGUAAUUCAUCUGCAUUACCGGGCACAUAUGAAAUAGAAAUUAUAGCAAAAAACUUUGAUUUAGUGACAAAAAAACUUUUGCAUAUUAUUAUCUAUGAUCGUAAUCCAUUGAAAUUAAAUCUAUUGAACAAUAUGCGUGAAACAUUUUCCCGUUUUUCAGUUACGAUUAUAAUAAUUUUAUCAUUUUUAGCAACAGGCUCAACUAUAGUUGUACUUAUUUAUUAUCUCUGGCUGCGUUUGCAUUAUACAUCGGACGUACAAAAACGUUUAUACGGAAGUCGAUUAAUUGUUAAUGAUGAAGAUAAAUCAAAACAAAGUAGUCCUCAAACAAAAAUGGAUGUUCUAUCCAAUACUCAUAAUCAUGAUUAUGCAGUUGUUAUUAAACAAAGAAAAAAUUCUCAAAUUCCAUCUGGUAAUAGUUCUUCAUCAACCGACGGCGAUUUUUCUUCAUCAUUACUUUCUUGUCCUUAUAAUAUAAUAUCUUCAUCAACCAAUGAUCUAAAUUUUCCACAGAGAAAUCCUCCGUCAUCAACAGUAUCGGCUCUAGCAACUUUAACAAGAAAACCAUCGCGUCGUCAUCAAACGAAAAAUGUUAGUUUCGAACCAGCAUUAAUCAAUCCAGCGAAUAAUUUAUUUGAUGAUUUAUUUCAAAAUAAUUCAACGUCAUUUCAUGAAAAUACAUCUUCGACAUUCAGUACAUUACCGAAACCGAUUAAACAUGAUCUAUCGACAUUAUCAUUGAAUAAACAACAGAAUCGAUCAAACAAUUUUCCAACAUUACAAACUGUUCUUAAUCAAUCAUUAGUAAAUAGUCAAGCGAAAUUACCACAACCACCGCCAUUACUUAAUGGAAUUCUUUUGCUUGAUCAUAUGCUUACGGGUUCAACAACAUCGAAUGAUGAAAGAACUCAAACAUUAUCAUCAUCAACAGCUAGUAAUAGCGGAUGGUAUAAUGUCACAUCUAAUUAUGAGACAAGAGCUAGCGUUGUAUAA